AUGGAAGACGUGGGUCAGAACCCAUUGGAUGGUGGCCUUGAAAGAGAGAAUGCCCUGUCAGUAGGAAGAGUACCAGAGAGGGAUGACUUCAGUGAGGUCGUAACUGAGAAGGAGGAGGCUCUGAGGAAUCUGGAGCUAGAGACAGCAAAGUUGGAGAAAAAGAAGAAGAUCCUAAGCAAGAAUGUGAUGGAACUUCAGGAGAAGAUAAGGGAGGCCCAGGUGAAACUACAAAAGACAACAGAGUCCUGUAUGCAGCAAGAGAAGGGAUUGGCCAAGAUAAAUAGUGACUACCAAUUUGUGUAUGAACUCUGUGAAGACCAAGCCCACUACAUAAAGAAAUACCAAGAAAUUCUUAGGAAGAUGGAAAAGGAGAAAGAAGUGUUACUAUUUGAAAAAGAAAUAUCCAAAGCCCAGAAUAACUCUUCCCAAGUAGUAAAACCCGGAACAACUUUGGUGGACACCAUUCAAAGUAACAUGGAGAAGAAAAUCAUUAAGAAACAAAAAAGGAUGUUUUGGUUCAGGCACUUCCAGUAUCCUUUCUCCCUGAUCAUGAUCUUCAUUUGGCUACUGGGUUACAUGUUCUUCCACUCGCAGUACAUAAACCCACACCUUCUGGUGGACACCCUGCCCAUGCUGAUGAGCAGGAGCAACUUGAAGUGGCUAACAGACAUAGUAUUUCCCUUCCUCACUCUAGAGAUGGAUGAUGUUCUACCACACUAG